AAACAGUAACGUUAACCAUAACCAUCCAGCUACUAUUUAAGGUGCCCAUAUAUUUAUCAUUACUUAUUCACUUUGUAUACUCGUACAGUCUUGCAAAGUCACUUCUGCAAAAAUGUCGCACGCAUUAUUACUGAUUUCUCUGGCAGUGCUCGUUACCGCUGGUCACGCCUGCCGUACACAAGGAGAAGGCUGUGCUGGACACAUCCCGUGCUGUGCGGGCCUGCGAUGCGCGAUUGACGCUGGACAAUUCUGGGGAUUCUGUCAGCCGGGAAGCGGUGGUGGUGGUGGGGAACAACCGCCCACACAACCACCGCAACCGCCGAGUGGAGGAUAUUUAAUCAGCCUACAGGAAUUCCGCACAGCGGUGACGUCCAACGGAUACCCCAGUCCAUCGGAAGAGCAGUACAAUAACAUUAACAGCCGAGCCGCCGGCUCCGGUUCCAUCACGACCAAGCGCGAACUGGCCAUGUUCCUGGCCAACAUUCUCCAUGAAUCCGAUGGACUACGUGCUAAAGAAGAGUACAAUCCAAUUAAUGCCCCGUACGCUCCGUAUCCCGGCAGAAACUACCACGGACGUGGUUACAUUAUGCUGAGCCACUACUACAACUACCGCGACGCUUCGCAGGCGCUGUACGGUGACCUUCGCCUGCUGGAGAACCCAGACCUAGUGAAGAAUGACGACCGCAUCGCCUGGGAUGCCGCUUUCUGGUUCUGGAAGAGCCGUGUGCACUCGCAGGCCGGCAUUUAUGAAGGUCACUUUGGGGUGUCGAUCAAGUUUAUUAACGGAGGGAUCGAGUGUGUGCCCGGCGGGACCCCUCAGGCCCGACGACGCUUCGAAAUGUACAAAAAGAUUUUUCAAACUUUCAGCCUGCCAGGAUCUCCUAUUGAACGUGGCUGUUAUAAUUAGUGUUUUGAAAUUAAUUUGCCUCAAUGGAAAGCAUAGGCAACUGUUUAUACCGAUAUGUACAAAAGUAUUCAUAAACACGCUGCGUUGAAUGUAAAAGCUUGUAUGACACGUAAUUAUGAGAUUUCAUGACAACUUUUUGUAAUUUUUGCGAAGAAAUAGGUGCAAAAAUUGUGAUGACAAAAUAAAUGAGAGUUAAUUUAGCAAAGUAUGAAAAUAACGUGCUUGUGAGCA